AUGCCCCGGUCAAGUUACACACUUACGAUUAAUGUCCCCAAUGCCACAACGCUUGACAUUCUGAAAAGCGCACCGUACACACUUCGUGUCGGAAAGCCUCCAAAGGAUGAGGCCGAAAAGCUUUUCGAAUCGAAGGACAAUGUCAUACCAUUCGAAUUCGUGGGAGGUCAUGAAUCGGAUGAGAAAUGGUUCCCCAAAACAAUUGUGACACUAACCUUCACUGCGGAGGGUUGGGUGUACUCGAUCAGUUAUAAGUCGCUGGGUGAGACAGCCUUGCAUGACGAGCAAGAUAUCGUCCCUGGACAGGUCUACGUCGUUCCCAAGACUGGAGCAGUAGAGAAACCAAGGCCCAAAAUCGACAAUGACGGGUUUAUGAGGAACGAUGUCUUUGGAGUCAUCAACGCGACUCCUGUGGCGCUCGCGCUCAGGCGAAGGCCUAAAGACCCAGCCGCUUCAUCAUCGACUCUGGUUGCGCAGUAUCCCACAUGGUUUCCAGGAUUCGGUAUAAUCAAACCUCCCGCUGACGGUGAUUCUUCAGCGCCGAAGGAGAUUUAUGUUUGGUUCGAAACCCAAAUCACUAGUACGGGGGCUCAGAAAGAGGUAGAGGCUCAACACGAGGUAACAGGUGUCAAAGUUACACUUGGAGAAACCCCUGAGCUCGCUCUGUAUGUUCGUUCAGAUGGCACAAUUGCGGCCGAACAAGAGAGGACCGAGGACGGAAUAACGCCGAUUGCGAUACCACUAAACAAGCAGAGCGGUAGUUCAUAA